CGGCCAUCUAUUUCCCCGACUCUGCCUGCCUCUGAAAAGCAGACUAGCGCUCUCUGGAGUGUUGCAUUUAUGUAUCGCAUUUAUUACUCGGAUUGUGUUUUAAAGAAAGUGACCGGAUCAAUUAAUUCCAAGCUGUGUCACAAGCAUCGCCAUGGGGGAACGCUCCGAAGAGAUCCAGCUGUUCGAGCAGUGUAAAAUCUGCAUUAUAUGCUCCAAGGAGCUAAGUCUGGAUGCAGCUCAGCAGCUCGCGUCUACACUCGAGGAACAUGGCGGUGAUGUCCUCAUUUACGAACCACCGUCUCCUUUCCCAUCCCUCUCAGGAUUCACCCAUCUAAUGUCCUAUACGAUUGAUUUCCCUGGAUACGAAGCUGCCUGCGAUGCUCUUAUCCCCGUCAUCAAGCCUCAGUGGCUUCACGCGUCGCUCACCAAGAGAAAACUUGCCAACCCGCGCCAGUACAGCCCGGACCCGAGGUUAUUUCUGAACGAUGUCGUUGUCACUUGUGGCGAUAUCCCGGAAGGCGACAAGGAUGCUAUUAUUGGCGGCGUGCUCGCAAAGGGCGGCAUCUACAGCUCCCGAAUUUCGAACAUGGUUACUCACCUAGUUGACCUCACCACCGAAUCAGACAAAGCGCGAAUAGCCAUUGCCAGAAAGCUAAAUAUGAAGAUCGUACUACCUCACUGGUUUGACGAUUGUCUGAAACUGGGAAAACGAAUCGACGAGGGUCCGUAUACCCUUCCCGAUCCGGAAAUUCUACGUGCGGGCUCUGAUGCUCCGAUCCGUUACUCGGAUAGCAAAGAUGUCGCUGGUGCCUUGCCUAAGGCCCUCAAAUCGCCGAAUCAUCUUGACGUUUUUGAUGGAAAGCAGGUAAUGUUAUCGACAGAUCUCGGUAUCGGCUCGCACUUACUCGAGUCAAUCCAAGAUCUUGUCAGACAGGGUGGAGGCAGCUUGACAACGGACGUUUCCCGAGCGGACAUGGUGGUCUGUCGGUACAGAGAGGGCUUCACAUAUCGCAUGGCAUCGAGGUUGAAUAAGGACGUCGGUAACCUACCUUGGCUUUACCAUCUGAUCACAUACAAUACGUGGACCUCUCCAUUACGAAGGCUGCUACACUACCCGGUUCCCCGUAACGGAGUCCCGGGGUUUAAGGGUCUGAGGAUCAGUCUUUCAAACUACGUGGGGGAAGCUAGAGCGUAUCUCGAAAAUCUCAUUCAUGCUACUGGCGCAGAAUGCACUAAAACAUUGAAGCAAGAUAAUACACAUCUGGUGACAGCGCACGACAAAAGCGAGAAAUGCGCCGCUGCCAAAGAUUGGGGUUUGGAAGUUGUCAACCAUCUUUGGCUGGAAGAGAGCUAUGCGAAUUGCAAGUUACAGCCCGUCUCGGAUCCACGGUACACGCACUUCCCCAAAAGGACGAACCUUAGUGAAGUUGUCGGGCAGACUAGACUUAAUAAAUCUAUUCUUGGGAGUCUCUUCUUUCCGUCUGAAGAUACACCGAACGACCAGCGAUUGUCUGCAGCUCCAAGCCCGCGACGUAUGAUGCAGAGUAAAGACCAGAAUGCUACUUCUCGAUCUGCACCAGCGUUAAGCAAGUCUGUAUCCAUGCAACCGCCAGCAGCGAAGAAGGAUGAGAACUCAAGCUCUAUCACAGCUGCUGCUGCUGCCAAGGACAAGAGUUCGAGUUCAGCAACACCCCGGGCGGCUGAAAAGGCACGGAAUUCUGCAGAAAGCAAGAAACUGUCUACCCCAGCGCGUUCUCGUCUUACUGCAGAUGGAAAGGAAAAUGACACCCCAUCUUCGACAAGUAGUCGGAAGUCAAAAGACGCUGCAGCCGCACGACUUCAUGAUCUAGCGCCAGAUAUUGCCUUGUAUGAGAAAGAAAUGAAGCGCGCGGGAGGUGUCAUUUACGGUGGCAGAAGAAAGAGUCAUGAGGAGAAAUCGGCUGCCAACGGCAAGAAGCGACCAUCAAUUGAACCCCAAACUAUAAGCGAUGGUGAGGAUACCACUGAGAUAAAGAAACAGAAAAAAUCAAAGGCUCCUGUUGCAAUGCGACUAUUGAUCACGGGCUACCAGAAGUGGAUUGGAAAUAUUAAGAAGGAGGAUGCAGAUAAGCGUCGACUCCGAGAUCUCGGGAUCCUGGUUGUCCAAGAUGCGUCCAAAUGCAGUCACUUGGCUGCUCCAUCCGUCUUACGCACUCCCAAAUUUGUCAAUGCACUAGCAUAUGCCCCGGUAGUUAUCAGCACAGAAUUCAUCACGCAGUGUCUCGAAAAAGACGAGCUUCUCGACCCUUCUGACUUCCCCCUGAUAGACAAAACAGCGGAGGAAAAAUUCAAGUUUUCGCUUGCAGAUGCCGUCGCCAGAGCCAAGAAAAACAAAAACAAGCUCCUCCAAGGCAACCACAUCUGCUGUGUCGAGUCCAUCCGUGGAGGCUUUGAUACGUUCAAGUCAAUAGUGGAGGCAAACGGAGGCGAAUGUUCCCUCUUCCGUGGCCGCCUUUCGUUACCGCAUAAGUACCGUCCAGAUACGCGAGAUGACGACGAUAUGGAGGUGGACAAACCUGAUGAUGAAGUCUAUCUUCUGAGCAGUGUUGCACCCGAUCAACAGAAGCUUUGGCCACGGUUCCGUCAAAUGGUAGAGGAACUUGGUAGGAAACCACGAAUUGUCCGUGUCGAUUGGCUUCUUGAUAUCGCCAUGUCCCAGAAGCUGCACCCAGCAGAUGAAUAUUUGCUGAAUGAAGACAGUAUGGGGUAA